AUGUCAUCUUUGCCACCGAAGCCCGCAACAGCGGACACGGGCUAUAUCACCCAACCAGCGUCCUUGGAGAAUACCUAUACUUCCGACAAGAGCUUACAACGGUCAUUACAAUGGUAUGUUCCUUCGGCAAUGCUUCGCGCGGCAGAGCCCCAACUUGCACAGCUCGGCGACGAAGCGGUAUCCGACCAAGUAAGAGAGUGGAGUGCGGAUGCGGAGCGAAACCAGCCCUAUGUCAAGAGCCACAAUGUUUGGGGCAAGCGAUAUGACUAUGACCGACUUAUCACGACAGAGGGGUGGAAACAACUGGGACAUUGGGGCGCCCGUAAUAAGAUUGUCUCGGCAGGUUACGAUUUAUCCCUCGGAUCACAUCGAAGAACCAUUCAAUACACACUGAAUUAUCUCUAUGCACCAUCUUCAGGGCUGUACUCUUGUCCCAUUAGCAUGACGGACGGAGCGGCUUUUAUUCUAUCUUCGAAGAUUAGCAAUCUGCCCUCUGAUCACCCCUUCCACGCAGUGUUUAAGGGUCUUAUUUCUGAAAAAGAUGACCACUGGACCUCAGGUCAAUGGAUGACCGAGAGAGCUGGUGGAAGCGACGUGCAGAAUACCGAGACCUGGGCGACCUACUCUCCACUCCCAAGCUCUUCCGGCACCGACCCUCUCGGAGAUGGAGACUACCUGAUCAAUGGAUUCAAAUUCUUCUCAUCCGCUACCGAUGCCAACGUGGCUCUUCUUCUCGCAAAGACCCCAUCAGGCCAACUGAGUACCUUUUUAGCACCGCUCCGAAGGAUCAUCGUUGGUGAUGAUGGAAUCACCCAUCAAGUUUCGAAUGGUGUGAGGAUUCAUCGUCUGAAAAAUAAGCUUGGGACUAAGGAGCUGCCAACCGCUGAGCUCGAGUUACAAGACAUGCGCGCCCACCUAGUGGGAAAGUUGGAUCAAGGAAUAGUCACUAUCGCACCACUGCUUAACGUCACUCGUAUCCAUACAUUUGUUGGAUCUCUGGCUGGCUGGCGUCGUGCUAUCAGCAUUGCCAAGAGCUUUGCCAAAGCAAGGUCAACUGUCGGUGAACCUUUGUGGCUAAUCCCUAUGCAUCUCCGUCUUCUGGCCGAUUUGGAAGUGAAACAUCGCGGUGGGAUGAACCUUGCGUUCUUCACAAUUGUGCUGAUGGGUCUAGUAGAAGGCGGCGUGUCACAGCCUUCAGAGCUCGCUCACCUUCCUCGUCCUGGGAAAGAGGCAAAUGUGGUGUUCCGCACCUUAACCGCCACCUCUAAAGCAGUUAUCAGCAAAAUGUCCAUUGCCGGCAUACAAGAAUGCCAAGAGGCCAUGGGAGGUGUAGGAUAUAUGGAUGAGGCCGACGAGCCUGAGUUUAAUAUUUCGCGUAUCCUUCGAAACAGUUCUGUCAACUCUAUCUGGGAAGGAACUACAAAUGUGUUAGCGAGUGAAAUGGCUCGCUUCCUUCUAAAGGCUGGCAAUUUGGAGAUCUUUUCCUCGUGGCUUGAUCGAACUUUGACGUUGAUCCAAACAGCAAAUCUACGAGAAUCAUUGACUAAAGCUUGGGCAGAGUUGCGAGCUCGCUUCUCCCCUAAGAACCAGCCACCGGCUACUAUAGUGGCCGAUGCUCGGCGCUACAUGUUCACGUUGGCUUGGAUACUCUGCGGAACUCUGCUAGCGCUCGACGCUGAGCGUGACCAGGAUUCUGUGAGCAAGGAAAUUGCCCGACGCUGGAUUUUGAGUGCCGAGGGAGGUGUUGGAGAUAUGGUGUUCCAUGAUAUAGUCACUGUACAGGAAGGUGAGUCGGCAAAUUCGCACAAGGACGAUCAUCUGGAAUGGGACUGCAGGAUUGCAUGGGAUAUUGAGCUCCCGGCAAAUCGUGCAUCUGGUCAUCGAUCCCUUCAAACCACUGGUUCGAAGCUUUAA